UGAAAAUAUAAACUAUCAAUAUUCUUUUACACAUUUUUAAGAAAUCUUUGUGGAGCAAAAUACAAAUUUCAUAAAAUUAUAGCCCAAAGUCACUACUCAUCUCCAGUCUCCACUCUCCAGAUGCACAUUCAGCGAAUCAGUAUCGUCCAUGGCUUCUUCCACCAGCAAAAUUGAAUCUGAUGGUGAAGAUGAAGACCAUGAAGAAGAGGUUGAGCAUUUUGAUGAUUUCACUCUCGCCUCUUCAUGGGAAAGGUUUAUAUCUGAAAUAGAGGCAAUUUGUCGGCAGUGGAUGGCUGACGGUCCAAAGAAUCUUUUGAAAAAGAAUGCAGUUCAGUUGGAGUCCUUCGAGGGUUUAUUUAGGGUCAAAUCUGAGUUGAAGGAUGUCACGAAAAGUUAUUCCAUGGAAUUCUACUUUCAUUCCAACAGUGAUGUCAAAACUAUGGACUGGAAUUCUAUGUCACAUGAUCUACAGUUGUGCUUUGGGGUGAAGGAGUUUUUGGUAAUCGCUCCUCAAAGUGCAAGUGGAGUGGUUCUUGAUGCACCCGAGGCUAGCAAGCUACUAAGCGCCGUUGCAAUUGCUUUAUCUAAUUGUUCAAGUUUAUGGCCAGCAUUUGUGCCUGUGCAUGCUCCUUCUCGAAAAGCAUAUAUUGGCAUCCAUAACAUGGGAACUGUUUUUACUAGAAGAUUUGAGGCAGAUCAUAUUGGUAGUCAGGUCCCAGUAAAACUUAUGCAUUUAGAAGGAUUAUACGAGUUGUUUGUUUCUAAAUUUGCCUACUCCACAUUGGACUUUUCUGUUCAUCUUUUCAAAGUCCAUUUUACGAUGAAGCUAACCUACAGAACCCUUCCCAAUGAUGAAGAUGACAAUGAUGUUCUAGAAAAUGAUGUUGAAGUUACUCAAGAUGGGUCUAGUCCUCGUGGUGAUAUCCGCAGCAGAACACAGUGGGAUGAUAGUUGUCCUUGGAGUGAGUGGUAUUCUGCAGAAGAUCCCAUAAAAGGAUUUGAAUUGAUUGCCUUGUGGUCAGAAAAGAUGGUUGAAAACUCUCUGGAAAUGGCUGAACUUGAGAAUUGUUCACCCCACGAAGCUGAGAAGUGGAUCUUAUAUCCAAUUUUGUCUCCAAAUCUAAAUGAUGGUUCCCAAGGAAACUGGGUUGGUUUUUCCUCGCAGUUGUGCCUAUUAGUUGAUGCAUUGGAUAUGUCCUUCACAGCUCAGUUUAUGGAAGAUUUUGUCUCAGUUGAAAACCCAGGUUCUGACACUUUGAAGUCCUCGAGUGUUAUUCCUCCACCUACGGUUAUUGAUCGUGUGCUUAAAGAACUAUUUCCGGAGGGUGGAUUGCUCCCUAACUUUUCUGAUGGUGAGCAUAAGACUUCACGAGUUAUUAAAGGCGCACCUCUCCAAUCCCUUUUUGCUCAAUUUUGUUUGCAUUCUCUUUGGUUUGGCAAUUGCAACAUACGUGCUAUUGCUGUACUCUGGGUAGAAUUUGUUCGAGAAGUUCGGUGGUGUUGGGAAGAGUUACAAUCAUUGCCUCGAAUGCCAGUUGAUGGUUCCAUUGACUUGUCUACUUGUUUGAUCAACCAGAAGCUACAAAUGCUUGCAAUAUGCAUUGAGAAAAAGCGUGAAUUGACCGAAGACUUUCAAGAUUGUAUUGGAAGCAAUGAUCAACUUUCCCCUAAGGAAAAAAGUAUAGCUGGGGAGGACUCAUCAACUAUGCAUACACCCACUGAAGACUUUUAUGGGAAACGUGACAGCCGAACAACAAAAAAUGAUUUACAAGGUAUAGGAAGAAAUUUAUUCGAGGAGUCUGAAAGUGUUGUGUUGUCUCCUGAUCUGAAGCCAGAAGACCAUUUAAGUAGGGGUUCUGCUGGUGUGGCAGGGUCCAUGAAGCUUUUAAACUCAUUUCAGAGCAUGCAUGUGCCCUAUACACAGGCGGCACCACUUAUGACAGAAGACAUGCAUGAAGAACGACUCCAGGCUGUUGAAGCGUUUAGUGAUUCAAUUGACUUUUCUGCUCAAUUGGAAAAGGAGAUAUUAUCAUCAGAUAUGUCAGCAUUUAAAGCAGCAAAUCCAGAUGCAGUUUUCGAAGAUUUUGUUCGUUGGCAUUCUCCUGGAGAUUGGGAAAAUGUAGAGGAAGGUGAGUCAUCUAAAAGUUUUGCGGAAGAUAAUUGGCCUCCUCGAGGAAGACUUUCACAGAGAAUGUCUGAGCAAGGAAAUAUGUGGCGAAACAUAUGGAAUGAUGCACCUGCUUUACCAGCUUCUGAACAGAAGCCACUUCUGGAUCCAAAUAGAGAAGGAGAAAAGAUACUUCAUUACCUUGAAACAGUAAGGCCUCACCAGUUGCUCGAGCAAAUGGUCUGUACUGCCUUCAGAGCAGCAGCAGACACAUUAAACCAGACUAGUUAUGGAGGUUUGAAGGAGAUGGAAAUUAAAAUGGAUCAACUUUACCUCACUCUGGCGUCAGUUUUAAAGUCUUUACAAGUAAUUGAUUUAUCUCCUGGAAGCGAGACUAUUGAGGACUUUAGACGACUCUCCGGUGUUUUUCAACAUGUUGAGAAGUUACUCACCCUUGCAGCUUCUCUUCAUCGCAAGUUCUUGCAAGCACCGCGACUUUCUGAAGCCAUCUUCAGCGACUACUACAAUUAUUAUCUUCCAAGAAUGGGAACCAGCUCCAGUUCAGACAAUGUUCCAAAGGAGUUUGACAAGAGGCAACAAGUAAGGGUGCGCGAACGUUCAUUAGUUUCUAGUAUGUUUUCGCAUCCCACAGCUAACCAAUCAUGGAGAAAAGUUUUAAGCAUGGGUAAUCUUCUCAAUGGUCAUGAACCAAUUCUCAGGGAGAUAAUAUUUUCAAUUCGUGACGGAGUGACAGGUAACCACUAUGCUAGCCGCUCUCUUGGAUUGCAUCAACAACAAGAAAUAGAAACAUAUCGAAUGUAUACAUGUGGAACCUCAAAUGAUCUUCGAGUAGCCCUUUCUGUUACCUCAUGUGAUUAAUUUUUUACCAAAAGAAUGAACAUUAGUUCUUCUUAACAUCUCAGUUUUUACGCUGCUCAUUUUUCUUUUUCUGAUUCUUAACAAAGUUCUGUGGCAAUUGGGAUUGCCUUGGCUGACCCUGUACGCUCCAUUAGAAUGUAAUUAUAAUAUUACAAUUAUAGUUAUCGGUUUGAUUUUGUUACGUGGGAAUUUCAACUUGAAAACUCUUGUUUUA